AUGCAGGAGAAGUUCCUGGAAAUGUUGUGGCCCUUCAGGUGUGGAAUUUCUGGAGGGAUUUUCCAACAAAGAGCCUUGACAAAGCCAAUGUUUAUCAACUCACUGCUUGGACAUCCUGCAUUUCAGAACUUACACGUAAAAGUUGGAGACAAAGCUGAACUUAGCAAGGCUUUUACACAGAAUGAUGUAGUUACUUUUUCUUAUUUGACAGGUGACACAAAUCCUUUGCAUCUAAAUGAAGAGUUUGCAAAGAAGUCUAGGUUUGGGAGAACCGUUGUCCAUGGAGUUCUGAUCAAUGGACUUAUUUCUGCAGUUCUGGGCACCAAAAUGCCUGGUCAAGGAUGUAUAUUUCUCUCCCAGGAGAUUCGUUUUCCAGCUCCUUUGUAUGUUGGUGAAGAAGUCACAGCUGCAGCAGAAGUGCAACGACUGAAGGGUUCUGUUGCACACAUUUCUGUAUCAUGUCAGGUCAGAGAAAGUGGGAAAACUGUUAUGGAAGGGAUGGUGAAAGUCAUGGUGCCAGAGAGUUAG